AUGAAAAUUUCAGUCUGGGAUGGCGGACUUUCUGAUAGCUAUCUCAAACAGGUUACACAACUCGGUGCAGACUGUAUCGACUUUGGAGGCGGUAAUGCCUUUCCUGGAGUUGAAGAACAGGGUUACCCGGACUUAGACGAAUUGUUGAAAAUCAAGAAACGGAUCCGUUCCUGGGGACUUGACAUCAACCGUGUGACGCUCCCGAACAUUACAGAAAAGUUUAUGCAAGGGCAGCCUGAUGGCGAAAAGGAGCUGGAAAAUACGUGUCAUGCCCUCCGAGUCUUCGCCGAAGCAGGUGUCCCGAUUGCACGCCAGAGAUUUUGGGGCGAUACGUUUGACUAUCUAAUGACGCGUUAUUCAUCCGUACAUAGGGGCGGUUAUACCUCCCGUGGCGAAAGCCGUGCCGCAACCGAAAAUCCACCAGCUACACCGACGAUGGAAACCCUCGACGAAUGGUGGAAACGUUUUACCGAAGUUUACGGAGCACUCGUACCUAUCGCCGAUGAAUACGACAUAAAACUCGCUGUCCAUCCGUCAGAUGUGCCGAAUCCGGACACACCCCUCGGCAGUCUCGGCUUCCACCGUGUCACGGAUACCUUCCCCAGCAGAAACGUUGGCUAUCUCUAUUGUUGUGGUACUCGUGCGGAAGCCGGAGGGAGUGCGAUCGUACUUGACGAAAUCAACAACUACGGACGUAAAGGACGUAUCUUCAUGGUUCAUCUACGGAACGUCCGAGGUAGCCUUGCAACAGCCGGAGCGUUUGAGGAAGUCCUCCUUGACGAUGGUGAUAUGAACGCUUUCAAAAUCGUCCGAGAACUACAAAAGGUCGGAUUUGACGGAUGUAUCAACGCCGAUCACAUCCCGAAAUUAGAAGGCAAUGUUGGGUUAGCUUACUCCGUCGGCUACAUCAAGGCACUGUUCGCGGCACUGGCGGCAUAA